GUUAGGCCAACAACAUAUGGCAACGAGAAACGAAAAAGUGUUCUGAUGAGUUGUUUAACAUAGUGUGACUCAGCUUUUAAGCCAUAAACUUUGAAUUCUGAACCCAACUGUCUUAAAAGCAUGAAAAAUGUCCUAAGGAAUAUGGUAAAGAACUUAGUUUCAUCAUUACUUUUAUAAAAUUAAUUAAAAAAAGCUUUGUAUUCCUUUAUUCCUUUUGCUUUUCCCCUCGGUAUCAUUCUUUUGCUUUUCUCAAUAAUUUCCCCAUUAUUAUUUACACACCUUAACACACACACACACACACAGACAUACACACAAGCCUCUCUUUAUUUCAUUCUCUGCGACUUAUUAUCAUGGAGUUUGAUUACGAGAAGCUUGUUUCCGCCACAGAUGGAUUCUCACCUUCACGUCUCAUCGGUAAAGGAAGCCAUGGCUACGUCUACAAAGCCCUUCUCCACGAAGAAGAUAACAAACCUCACAAACUCGUAGCAAUCAAAACACCAUCCUUAUCGUCACAAUCACAACCCUCUCUAGCCACAACAAAAACAGAACAAAUGAAGAAGCUAGAAGACGAGAUCAACGUCAUGUCAUCUCUCCCUUAUAACCCACACGUGUUAACAUUCCUCGGCCACGCAGAGAAAAAACUAAUGGUCAUCGAGUUCAUGCCAAACGGAUCAUUACACCAGUUACUCCACGUGUCAUCAUCCUCCUCUCCUCCCACGUGGCUUAAACGAAUCGAGAUCGCGGUUAAGAUCGCACGUGCGGUUAACUUCCUUCACGAGCAAGGUAUCCUCCACCGUGACAUCAAAUCCGAUAACAUUUUAUUCGACUCGAACUGGGAGCCGAAGCUCGCCGACUUCGGACUCGCCGUGGAUUUAGUUGAUAAGAAAGUGCCGGCGCCGGCGGGAACGAUAGGAUACUUGGAUCCGUGUUACACAUCUCCGGAGAAUCUCAGCGUUAAGACUGACGUUUACAGCUACGGCGUCGUUUUGUUGGAGAUCGUUAGCUGUAGAAAAGCGAUCGAUGUCUCUCGAUCUCCGUCUUCGAUUGUGGAUUGGGCGGUUCCGUUGAUCGAAGAAGGUAAGAUCGGAGAAAUCUUCAGCGGCGGCGGAGGUGGAGGAGGAUCGGGAGUUUUCAUGGAGACGAAUCUUAGAUUGUUGAGGAUGGCUGCGCGUUGCGUUUCGUCCGACGUGGAGUCGCGUCCGUGUUCGGGGGAGAUAACGGCGGAGAUGGUGGCGUGUUUGACUGAACCUGUGAGGAGUUUGCCGUUAUGGAUCAGCUUCUUUCGCGGGGUUGUUAAGCUGAAACGAAGGAGAAAACGGUUGAGAGAGAGGCUUACGUGGCCGGGUCAAACUUGUCGCGUUAGGUGAGCUGUUAAAGAUAACGCGGGUCAAGUAUAUCGGGCCGGGUUUGGGCCUAAGACAGAAACAACCAUCCAAACAGAAAGGAGAUUAAUGGUGGAAGCAGAAAAUAUAACAAAGCAUUUUAUUUGGCCUUUUGUGUUUUAACUUUUAACUAUCCCGCAAAAUAGCGGAAGAGUAAAACAUAUUUUACUCGCAUAUUACAGUAUAUGUUAUCUACAAUAUACCAACUUCUUUUUUGCAGUUUUGAUUUAACUUUCAUAACUGAGUAAAAAUCCUGUGUAAUAGAAUAAGCUUUAAUCUUUUGGUUACAAGAUCAGUUGAUUGAUAUUGAACUCUGUUAAUAUACAAACCCUAUUGGUUAUAAGUUUGGUAAAACAAACAUUUUCUGGUGUAUAAUAUACGAACAUCUAGUAUCUAGAAAAUGAUUUGGCUUAUCUUACCAUCUUUAUGCUCAAGAGUCUCAACAAGGUAGAGUCUUGAUUAAUGAUUAUCAGUGACGACAACAAAACUAACCUCCGAACUUGAGAAACUACAGUUGCUAAGUGGAGAUUGCCAUCGUCUAAAGCCUGAAGCUCUUCUCAGCUACCAAACCAAUCUCAGAACUUCAACACCUGAAAAACCACCAACGGAAUAUACCAGAGGUUGACUCCCUAAUCCACAUUAUAUGUUCUAAGUAGUUCCCUGUACACGACACAGAAGAUAAAGAGUAUAAGCACAAGAGAAGUUUCUUACAUCAGGCUUUUGCAUAAUCUCAUCACAACCGCCUUGUAUCUUCCACACGCACGACCCGUUGCCAUCGCUCUAAGCGGUUCAACUUUAAUACAAAAGUCUGUCGCAAGACACAAGUCACUCAACCCUAGAAAAUAAAUUUCUAUAUACUGCUACUACUUCAAGACUCUGUCAAGAACCAAAGACUAAACAUAAAAUACAUAAUCCCUCUCUACUGUUAUGUUCUGAAAGAUAAUUCUUGCUGUUCAUCGUGAAACAUGUGAUGAGAUAAGUCUUUGGCGCUCAAUCUAUUUCUUAUUUAAGAAGGGUCUAGAGACUGAGAGACAUCAUACAUUGAGAAAAAUAAGCAUCAAAACAUGGAUUGCUACAGAAGAGGCUAUAUGCACAUGUAUGCGUAUGUGUUUAUCUUCACCAUAUCUAGCGAUUAGGAAAAAGUGUAAAAUAUAACCACUGAAAUAUGGGGAUCGAAACCCAGGGACAUUUUUCAGAGAACAAACCAGAAGCAUCAUCCCCACAAACCCAUAAACACCACUUUUGUUCAAAACCAAAUAUUACAAAUCUACGACAUAUCCAGCAAAGCCUUAAAAAAAUAGCACACAUAUUUGAGACAGUAAAACAAGCUUAGUCGUGUCAGGCAGCUGCAAGCACAUGCUUAGGAAUAGUAAAUCAAGCUAAAGGCUGUUGUUUUGAACAUAUUGACAUAAGACUAGAUGGCUGUCUCAAGCCUAGCCAGGAAUCACAUAAGCUCACAUCCAGGCAACUCAAAACGCUUGCCCAAGUUGCCAAAACAUAACUUAACAAUGCAAAGGUCAAAAUAUUUACCCUCUUUCUUUCAGUAUUCUAGCAUCUCGAAUAUGUACGUGCAUAAAACUGGAAAACAAAUGGCUAUAAGAAAUCAAAUGGUAAGAAAUACUUCUUCAAGUGCUCACCAUAAUUAUGCAGUAAAAU